AUGACAGACACUUGGCAACUUUCCGCGGUGGCGAGUUUAGUCGAGGACAUCGACAAGAAAAUUCUCGUCGUUCUGAGAGACAACUCGAACAUCGUCGGGACGUUGCGAUCGUUCGACCAGUUUGCGAACAUUGUUUUAGAAAACGCGGUGGAACGAAUGAUCGUUGGAACGCACUAUUCAGACGUACCUCUCGGAUUAUACAUCGUGAGGGGAGAAAAUGUCGUUUUAAUGGGAGAUGUAGACGAAGCCAUCGAGUUGAAAGGAUUGACGUGGGUCGAGAACGACGAGAUUCGACGAAUGAAGGAUGCGGAAAUGGAAGCGGACAAAAUGCACGGACUGAUUGCGAGGAAUUUGGACAUGUUGUUAGACGACUAA